CACACAUUUGAUCCAUUCUGCGUCUCUACAAACAGUAGACCCAAGUGGAACAACCUUACAUGCACCCAUAAUCAUCUGGAGUCGGCUCAUCGCCAAAAUUUCGACGGUCAAAUCUACAAACCCUAGCUGAUCAAAUUCUAAGAUCGCGGCCAUGGCGAAGAAACGAAAGCUCGAUGCCAAGCCAGAAACUGCCGGCUUACCUGAGCCCGACUCCGUCGACGAGAAAACGGCCAUAGAAGAACCCGAAACUACCUUAACCAGCGAAGCCCCAAUUGAAGGAUCACCGGUGCCGGAAAGUGGACAGUCCAUCAAGGAGGAACCAAUUAGUGAGGAGGAAUUCAAAGCCCAAGCUCUUGAAACCUCAGAUAUUGUUCCGGAUACGUCCGACUCAGCUAAACCCCCUCCCACAGAUGUCGUAGCUUGCGGCGAUGAUAAUGAGGACGGCAGUGACCCCGCCUUUUUGGAGAAGAUUCUCGCGCCGUUCGCUAAGGAGCAGCUGAUCUCACUGCUUCGAGACGGCGCCUUGAAGCACCCUGAUCUUCGUGAUUCCAUUCUACAGAGUGCUGACGUGGAUCCCGCCCACAGGAAGGUCUUUGUUCAUGGCCUUGGUUGGAACACAACAGCGGAGACCCUCACCAAUAUUUUUGGCCAGUAUGGAGAUAUCGAGGAUUGUAACGCCGUUGUUGACAAGGUUACCGGUAAGUCCAAGGGUUACGGCUUCAUACUCUUCAAGGACCGGAGUGGCGCUCGGCGAGCUUUAGAGGAACCGCAGAAGAAAAUUGGUAACAGGAUGGCGGCUUGCCAACUAGCAUCGAUUGGCCCUGUCCCUGCCCCGCCACCAGUUUUGCCUGUAUCUGAGUACACCCAGCGGAAGAUCUAUGUCAGCAACGUAGGAGCUGAUCUCGACCUUCAGAAACUUCUGCAGUUAUUUUCAAAGUUUGGGGAGAUAGAGGAAGGACCUUUAGGUCUAGAUAAAACGACGGGGAAACCCAAGGGAUUCUGUCUCUUCGUUUAUAAGAGUGCUGAGAGUGCAAAAAAGGCUUUGGAGGAACCACAUAAGAACCUCGAAGGCCAUAUCUUGCACUGCCAGAAGGCAGUUGAUGGUCCAAAGUAUAACAAGCAAGGGGCUAAUCUUCCCCAGGGUGGCGGACAUCAUGCAGGCUUUCAUCAUGGUUCUACUGGGUUUGGAGCUCGUGGGCCUAAAAUUGGAAGGAAUGGUGGUGCUGUGUUUAUGGGUGGCAUGUCAUCUUCAGUUGGAGGACCAGCACAUCUGAUAGUUCCUCCUGUUGCCAGCAUUGGGUUCAACCAGGCAGGGCAAACGGUCAAUAAUGGCGUGCAUGCAUUGAAGUCUACAUUUGGGAAUCAGGUGGGUGGAGCUGGAGGUUACACGAAAACAAGUGUGAUAGGUGGCUAUGGAGCAUCACAGAUACAUGGACACUAUGGCGGCUCUGUAAUGGGACAGGGCGGCACAUGGACACAAUAAAGCUUUGAUUACAUGGAUGGUGUAGGACCUUACACGAGUCAUUAGAUCCUGUUGAGUGCAUUACCAGUUUAGUUCUGCCAAGAUGAUUCUGGAGUUCCUGCUCAUGCAUCCAUUGGAGAUUGUUAUUUUAUGCUUUUCCAAUUGAUGUUUACCAUAAAUCUUGAGUUUUCAGCUAUGAUGACUUAAACCUAUUUUAAAAAUUUGAUACUUCAAAACUAUGUAAAAUUAAUGGUACCUUGGACAAAGAGAUUUGGUUUCUUGAAGCACGCUUCUAAUGCAUUUUCUAUUAUAAAUGAUCUCCAUGUAUUUGAAAA